GUGGAAUCAUUAUUGAGCCAAGCCUGAUUAGUUGAUUUCUUGCCAUGUCGACUUCAUCACCCAGCACUUUUCUUUCGUCUGGGAUUUCAGCCUCCUUGGUUGGCCUGUUGGUGAUCUUCCGUGAUGUCAGCUUUGCAUUAGUCUACUGCUCCCCCGUGGUGUUGCGCUCCUCGAAAACCUUGAUGAUGGCGACUCUUCUACUUUCGUCUGCAGCAUCUCAAGUCGUCUAUUCGUCCAGACACUCAUUGGCCACGGCGAUUGCUUGCACUUCCUCUGCUGCAGUCCCAUUCCAAAGUGCUAUUGCCUCAUCCAUUGCUGCAAAGUUAAAGGGGGAACCAGAGGACGCUUUGGUCACUGUCAUGGCCACCUUCGCGAUGACGGCGGCCUUGUACGGGCUCCUGUUGAUCUUGCUGGGCUUUCUGCCUCACAUGGACAUCCUGAAAAGUGCUUUUCCACAGCCAGUGAUGUUCGCCUUCUUUUGUGUGGUGGGCAUUGGGAUGCUGCAGAGUGCCCUUGAGUUGGUGUCUGGACAAAGCUUGUCGUUGGAAGAUGAAUUGCCAGGAGCGGUGACAGGCCAGAUUGUCUUGACCAUUCUGGCUGGUCUCAUGAACCGCUUCACGCCCAAGCUAGUGCGCCAUUACUUGGUCUUGCCCAGCUGCCUGCUGCUUCAGAUGACCUGCUUUUACCUGGUGGUGUUUUGCCUGAGCUCGCUCUCUGCAGCACGUGAUGCAGGUUGGCUUUGGGAGCCAUUUCCCCCGUUGGUGUUUCAAGGUCUUUCCUUGAACACGACCUUGAGCAAGGUGAGAUGGUCAGUGGUGCUGGGGCAGUGGGAUGCCGUCGUCUCUUUGCUUUCGAUGUUGGUUUUGGACUUGCUCACCACUUUGUUGCCGGUGGAACUCAUGACCGCCACGAAGUCCAUCAAGAUGGAGGAGGAGUUUCGAACGGCUGGCUACUCCUCCUUGCUGGCAGGCCUCCUUUGGGGCAAUGUCUCCUACAUCUCCUUGUCGCCCACGCGUUUGAACCACGAUGCCGGGGGCGUCAGCCGUGAGAGCGGAUUGCUCUCAGCCGGGCUGUGCAUCCUGUGGAUCUUCGUGGGGCCAGAGCUGACGGGCUAUGUCCCCAAGUUUGUGGUUGGAGGUAUGCUGUGCCACCUGGCCUUUGGCUACAUCUUGGAGGGCCUGUGGGAUCCUCGUUCGCUGCUCUCCAUCGGUGAGUACCUCAUCAUCGUGGCCAUGAUUUGCUACUACCUCAUCACCGAUCUGGCACCGGCCAUUUUCCUCGGGCUGGCUCUCUGUAGCUUCAGCUUCAUCUUGCGAUACUCCCAGAGCUCAAACUUGGAGUUUGUCAAGGUGGCAGGCGAAGCAGACAUGUUUUCCAACCGCUUCCGAUCCGCGGUCGAUCAACACUACCUGAAGAGCAGCCGCAGCAUUGUGGUGGUGCGGAGCUUCUGCAGUCAGCUCUUCUUUGGAACUAUGGCUUCCAUCCUAGCAGAGGUGGAGCCGUUUCUGCAUGAUGCGCGCUUUUUGCUGUUGGACCUGUCCAGUCUCCGUACCAUCGACUCCUCUGGGCUCGUGGGUUUUCAGAAGAUCCCUCCACAGAUUCAGACAGUGCUGGUCCGUCUUUCGCCGGAGCUGCAAGCGCAAGUGCGCCGUGCGGGCCUGGCUGUCUGCAUGUUCGGCAGCAUCGACGAGGGCCUCGAGUGGUGUGAGGACCGGACCCUGAAGUUCAGGUACUUGGAUGAUUCAGACCUCAGCAGCCUUUUGCUGGCACCGACCAGCAACAAUCCCUCGGUGCCCUCUCGCGACAUGCCAAGGCUGGGCCCUGCGGAGGUGCGAUCGGCAGUGCUCCGAGCCUUUGGGGAUGAGCUGUUGGAGCUGGAGCCGCUGCUUCUGCAGUUGCCGGUGAAGAAGCAUGAAGUGGUCUUUCAUGAAGGGUCAUUAGCAGAAGGGCUCUAUAUCGUGGUGAGCGGGACUCUGCAAAUCCAGUAUGGCAAUCAGCGUGGCAUAGUGCUGGGGCCAGGUGAGGUGGUGGUGGAUGCUUCGGUCCGCCGCAGCUUCGGCGAGCGCGGCGAGCCGGGCGGCUCGCCGGGCUCGCGUGGCGGGUCCGCGCGUGGCAAAGCGGUGACGGGCGGGGAGAUCCUUUGCGAGGAGGCGCUCUACGCCCCGCAGCUGCACAGCUGGUCCUUGGUGGCCAAUGUGGCGUCGAUUCUGCUGCUGUUGCGACGAGACAAGCUCUUGCUGGCGGAACAACGGCACCCACAGGCGGCCAUUGCCUUGCAUCGCUGUUUGAUGAUGUCGCAAUUACAGAAAAGUGGGCUUUGGCAGGGCAACACGGUGGCACGGCGCACUGCCAGUAUGUGAGCAGGCCCGUUUUUUGUACUGGAAAACCAUGGAAUAGCGUUUGCUUCGGAUGCGCGAUGUCCAACGUUCUACAUGACUGUGAUGCUCGAUGCUCGACCUCAAGAACCACAGCAAAGCCUUGGACCCGUCUCCAACCCCUACACCUGCAGUGCUCCUUGGUUUUCUCGCUGAAAAACAGAAGUCUCCUACAGGCCAGCGGCUAGCGCUCGAUCCACCGAUGGCUGACCUCCGUUCAGUGGUCGUCCUCCAAGCGAAGCAGUGUGCAUGCUGUAUGAAGAUCAGUGGUGUGGCUGAGUGAUGGUGACCUUCGUCAACCUCUCGCGAACGGCGAACGAGCAAACCAGCGCGCUCAGUUCGCUCCGUGCGUGUUGUUGCUGGAGGAAAAGGGCAGAAGUUCCCAUGCUCAGUCCGCGUGUUUCCGU